AUGUCCAAUGCGGCUUCAAGCCCAUCGACCUCUUCCAGAGUGCCACUUCCCGGCUACGAAACCAUGAUUAUCGACGCGCUAGAGCACCUCCCAAGCACCAAGGGUGUUCCCCCACAGGGUAUAUUCAAUUAUAUGAUGAACAAAUGGCCACUUGCGCCAAACUUUCGUCCGUCGGCUUACCAGGCACUUCAGCGAGCAUUGAAGAGGGGACGACUGACCAAGACUGAUUCACUGUACGCGCUCGCAGCGGAUUGGAACGAGGAAGAGGGUACUCCCUCGCGAACGCCCAGGAGACGGCCGGCCAACAUGCACGCUUCUCCCCCUGCCAACGCCAACGCCAACGCCAUCACCAUCAACGCCGUGUCAUCAUCGCCGAUGGACGCUCCUCAUUCCCGACACGGUACACCAGCUUCCUCCUCCUCCAACGUCCACACAGGCAACGCCAACGAACGUCCGACAAGAAGAGCUACAGACGGAGCUCGGCAUGAUUCUUCGAGUAGUGCGCUCCCGCCUGACACGAAAGCGACCGCGCAGGCAGCCGCGAGUCUAAUGCGGAGUAUUGCGGUACCAAUCAAGGACCUCGUGGACGACUAUGAUGGGCAAGCGAGCACAAGCACCGGAGGAAGAGCCGGAAGUAUAGGAGGAGCAGCGGGAGCGCGCACGCGAUCGGCGACGCCCUCGAGCCUCAGUCAUAGUGCAGCAGAUGGUGGGACACAAACGUCGACAUCGGGCUUUGGCGCGGCGGUUCCUAGAUUGGUCCCCAAUAUGCCAUUGUCGAUAUCGAAUCUUGCUCCCACCUCUUCGAUGGAUGAAACGCGCGACAGACGGUCCCCAAGCCUACGACCACCACGCGAUUUUCCCUUGGCUUCAUCUUCAACAAUGUCGAGCGCCCACGAUAGAACGUUCCCUGUUCAGCCACACGACCAAACUUCGCUAUUUCAUCCAUCACACAGUCGAUCGCCAACGCUCGCCCAGCGCGGCCCUUCAUUCUCAGAGGCAGGCGCCGGCUCCCGCCCAUCCACGAUGCUCAUUCGAACACGGAGACGUUCGAACAGGCAAGAUAAUAGAACACAACCGAGGAUCAGCCGGCCACCAAUGCCCUCAGCGCUCGCUACCCACCCGCAACAGGCCUUUACUACACCGGAAAUGACGGAGAGGGACAUUCAGAGUAGCAUUCUUGCCAGCCUAGAGGUGCUUGUGGCGCAGCUUCGUGAAGCGAGGGGUCAACCUCGAGAUGGUCAAAGUUAG